AUGUUAAUCUGUCUGGUUUCUAGCAAUAGCCGUACCACUGUCUCAUGCCCAUUCUCUGCAGCCCAGGAGAGUGGUGUUCGGCCAGAAUCGUCUUUAGUAUCCACAUCAGCCUCUCCAGUGUCAACCAACAGUUUGACUAAGAAGUCAUGUCCAUUUUCUGUAGCUCGGGAUAGCGGCGUUCUGCCAGCAUCAGAAUCUUUUGAAUUCACUUCAGCCUGUCCAGUUCCCAGUAACAGGCUGACCACCGUCUCAUGUCCAAACUCCGCAGCCCAACCAAGUGCUGUUGACCCGGUGACAUCUUUUGCGUUUACAUCGGCUUUACCGGUGUCAAGGAGGACCUUCACUACCUCCACAUCCCCUGAUUGUGCGGCCAAUAUUAGUGGGGUUAGAAACAGAUUAUCGCUUGAAUUCACAUCAACUAGCCCGGAUUCGAGUAAGCGUUUGACCACACCGGCAUGUCCAUUAUCUGCAGCCCAGCCUAGCGGGUCCCGACCCAGCUCAGCGCCCUCUCGGAUGCUAAUCCGUGCAGUAUCUUCCACUCCGUGCGUCGCAGCCCAUACUAGCGCUGAGCUGUCUGAGUUCCAUGCAUCAAACCGAUACAAGUAUGGGUUGAUGACAGCGUGA